UGUAGUUGUUGUUGUCUUUGUGGUGUAGUUUGAUGCCGCUCGCGCAGCAUCGACGCGGCAGGAAGCGGACGAGAGGCGUAGCGCAACCGACGGGGACGGCGAAGCAGCAGCAGCAGCAGCAGCAGCAGCAUCACCAUCACCACCAUGGCGACGCAAGGACCGGAGACGGCCCGCCCUGCGCCCCUCGCGUCGCCGCCGCCCGGCCAAAAUCUCAGCAACGGCGCGCCCUCGCCGCCCAACAACCGCGGUUUGGAGAGGACGCUGGAGGAGGCGACCCUCAGCGGCUCGCUCAACCUCAGCGCCCGAAAACUCAAGGAGUUCCCACGGACGGCCGCCGGUCACGACCUGAGCGACACGGUGGAGGCAGAUUUGUCCAAGAACCGUCUGUCUGACGUUCCCUCAGAAGUGUGCCACCUGGUGGCCUUGGAGACCCUCAACCUGUACCACAAUUGCAUCAGGAGCAUCCCGGAUGCCGUCAUCAGCCUGCACUCGCUCACCUCGCUCAACCUCAGUCGCAAUCAGCUGAGCUCUCUACCGGCCUGCUUGUGCACUUUACCGCUCAGAGUCCUCAAUGCCAGCAACAACAAACUUGUCAGCCUACCCGAGAGCGUCGGACAACUACGCCGCCUCAUGGAGCUGGACAUCAGCUGUAACGAGCUCACAACUCUUCCACGACACAUCGGACGACUGCGAGCUCUAAGGGAGCUCAAUGUACGCCGGAACCUGCUCUGCGUCCUUCCAGAAGACCUGGCCGACCUUCCUCUGGUCAAGUUGGACUUCUCGUGCAACAAGGUGUCCACCAUUCCGCUGAGCUACCGGAAGAUGGCGCAGCUACAGGCGCUGCGGCUGGAGAACAACCCGCUGCAGAGCCCCCCAGCACAGAUCUGUCUUAAGGGUAAAGUUCACAUCUUCAAGUAUCUCAGCAUUGAGGCGUGUCGCAGCGACAAGAUGGCCGACGCGCUCUACCUCCCUGUCAUGGAGCGCCUCAGCCUGACGCGUGUGGAGGACAUGGAGCAGCAAAGGAAGCAGGACAGCGACUCUGGAGUCGGCAGUGAUAUUGGAGACAAGAGGCUAUCAGCAACGGAGGUACGCCGUCCAUCGGAUGAAGACAGUUUGAGUCUCAACGUUCCAAUGAGUCACAUCACGGAGGAGGACGGACUCAGUAAAGACGACUCCAGCGAACACAUCAGCUCCCUGACAGAUCCCAGCUCGGAGGCGGUGCGGCUUAUCGAGGAGAGCCCAACAGAGGCGCUGAGGGAGCAGCUGGCCUAUCGAGACGCCGCCGCUCGCUUGGUGGGCUAUAUUAGGGAGCGUACGACGACGUCGGCAGACUUAGACGAGCCGCUGAGGAUCGAUGAAGACUUGCACUGGACCACAGCGCAGCGUUCCAGGUCAAAGGUAACAGGGGACAGUGGGCUGCACUUGGACAUGAUCAGCCAGCUUAAAGAGGCUGUGGAGCUACUUCAGGAUCCCAGCAGAAUCAACUUGGAGCAUGAGGACCUGUGCGGGGUGCAACUGUACCCCGUGGAAUUGGUCACAGUGGAAGAGUCUGUCAACGGGCAGGACAGCGAUGAUGACGUCACCACACCAAAGCGACUAGAUCAGUCUGAUGGCAGAUUUCCCGCACUCUCCAGCGUACCAUUUGGACUGAAACCUCGCUCAGCCCCGUCCUCGCUGCCCUGCUCGCCUCCUCCCUCGCCCUCCCCCUCCCAUCUCUCACAGGCCCCGCCGCUCUUCUGUGGUUUUCGCCGUAGCCGCGGCAACGGAGGCGUGCCGGAGCGUGUGUUCCUACGCAGCCACAAGAGUCUGGAGUGUGUGGACCCUCAGUUCACCAUGAGGAGGAAGAUGGAGCAGCUGAGAGAAGAGCUAGAGCUGAUGGAACAGCUCAGAGAUAGUAUUGAGAGCCGCCUGAAGGUGGUUCUUCCCGACGACCUGGGCAACUCACUGAUGGAUGGCGUAGUGCUUUGCCACCUGGCCAAUCACAUUCGCCCGCGCUCAGUUGGCAGCAUCCACGUGCCCUCGCCCGCUGUGCCCAAACUCAGCAUGGCCAAGUGUCGCCGGAACGUGGAGAACUUCCUGGACGCCUGUCGGAAGAUCGGUGUGCCCGAGUGUUCUCUGUGCUCCCCGUAUGACAUCAUCCAGCGCCGCCUGCCGCCGCUGUGCGCCACGGUCAGGAUGCUGGUGGGCGGGAAGCGGCCGGAGGGGAUCCCGCCUCAGAAAAAAAGCCCCCCCGCCGCUGCCCUCCCGUCGCAGGACUCUGUCUCGGUGACCACUCAGACCCCGCCUCUGGCCUGGCGGUGGUGGGACUUGAUUGGCUGCAGCCUGGUUCACGUCCUCUGCCUGAUGCUGCUCUUUGCUGUCUACGUGUGGAGCGAGCUGACGUAACCGCGGCUCAACAAAAAACUUUUUUUUUUUUUUUUUUUUUUUUUUUUCCCCCCCAGGAGCACACAUAACAAUAGGACGAGUUUCUCUUUGCACAUGUUCGCACAACUAUAAACUGAAAAGGACCAAAAUUUCAACCUGAAAACGUCCCCAAUUGAAACAUUAAGUUUGACCAUGAAACCCGCCCAGUUUCAAUCUGAAAACAGCCCAAAUUCAAAACUGAAGAUAAUCUAAAUUUCAACCUGAGAAUGCCCCAGUUUCAACCUUGGACUAGAACAUGAAAUCGAUCCCAAUGUCAAACUGUAAACUAUCUGAAUUUGAAUGUGAAGAUGACCCGAAUUCCAAUCUAAAAAUAUCUUACAUUCCAAUGUGAAAACAACCCAAAUUCAAACGAAGAAUGACCUGUCGAUUGUGAGAUCUGAUCGGCUGCAGCCUGGUUCACAUCUCUGGUGCGCACCUUUUUCAGUUAUUGUCAUUAUUGGUCCAAAGAAAUGACAAUGAAUGGGAAAUGACAUGCUUGACUAGCUUCCCACGCUAGCGUCGAGCUGCUUGAAAACGGCCCCAAUUUUAACCUGAAUACGGUCCCAAUUUGAACGUAAACAGUCCCAAUUUCAGGCUUACAUUUGAACUCGAGCACAUCCCCAAUUUCAACCUGGAACUUGAAAAGGGUCCGAGUUUCAACCUUGAAACUGAAAACUGCCCCAGUUAGAACAGGAAUACUACCGCCUAUUUAAUCUAACAGUCCGAAUUUAAAUCUGAAAACGUCUCCCAUUUAAUCUGAAAACAACCCCAAUUUGAACGUGAAAACAUUUCAUUUUGUAAUUUAAAUCAUACCACUCGGUUAUUAUCUGCAAUGUUCUUAGAAGGCUAACGCUAGCUCAUGUUAGCAUGGCCAUGUUAGCAUUUAGCUUUAGCUUCUUCUCGUGUCGACUUUGUAGGUUUUUCUAAUUGCUUACAUUUUUUAAAUUUGAGCAACAAAAUGCUAAUCUACCACAAUCCUACCAGAAUAUUUUAACAGCGCAACGUCUGCUAGCAGAAGUGCUACUUUUGGCUCAGCGAGCAAAUGGUUAACAAACAGUGGAUAAACGGCUGGAGACUUGUGUAUGAAAACCUGUGUUUGAUGGCUCAAAUCUCGACACGUCGAAGCAUUUGUUUUCUUCCAGAAUUUAUUUUCGGAGAUGAAUAGUUUCUAGCUAAGCUUAUGAGCUAGUUUCUCAUAGAAAACAGAAGCCAUAUGAAAAUGCUCGGUUUAAAAAUGUAAAAUUUGUGCUUUGUUAUGUCCUUGAAAACUUGAAACGUUGGCAACGGUAAAGCAGAGUAAGAAACUGUGAUUUACGUGAUAGCUUUGUGUUUGUUACAAAGAAACCAUAUUUAACCAGGUGUAUGUUUAGCUACUUAAGAUGUUAAAUUAUUUCCUUGAUUUAACCGUGUUGUGUGAUUUUUAUUUAUUUAUUUGUUUAUUUUUUUAAGCCUCUGUGCCAACCUGUUACGGGCGUUAACGGCACACUAACGGUGACAUUUCCAUUUCUUUGUUUCUUUGUGGGGCUGUUAAAGCAUUUCAGUGAAAGUUGCGCUGUGUGUUUGAAUUUCAAACCGGAAAACAGCCUCGAUUUCAAUGACAAAUCACCCCCACUUUUAAACUGAAAACAGUCCAAUUUGAUCUUAAAAACAAUUUGAACCUGAAGUGGGGCCAAUGGGGGGUGGGGGGCAUUUCACCCUGAAAACAGCCUUAUCUGAACCUAAAAAAUUCAAAUUUCAACCUAAAAAUAACCCGUUUCAUCCUAAAAACAGACCCAAUUUCACGCUUAAAACAACUCAAAUUUAACCAGAAAAUGACUCUAGUUUCAACCGAAAAAUGGCUCCAAUUUGAACCAGACAACAGCCCAACUUCAACCUGAAAAUACCUAAUUUCAACAUUGCGGCUCCAAUUUCAACCUAAAAACCACCCAGUAUACUGUAGCUCUAAAUACAACCAAAUUUCAACUCGAAAAAUCCUCAGUUUGAACUUGAAAAUAACCUAUUUUAAACCUGAAAACUGCCAAUUUAUAAUUGAAAAAUGACCCAACUUCAAGUUUAAAAUUGCCCAAAUUGAACCUGAAAAUUGCCUCAUUUGAACCUGAAAAAAAGCCAGAUAUGCACAUGACAAUUCCCCAAUUUCUACCGAAAAUCGGCUCCAAUUCAACCCGACAACGGGACCUAUUUCAACCUGAAAACAGUCCCCAAUUAUUGUAAAUCUAAGAGUCCAAAUUUCAACCUUUCAAACAGCCUAAUUUCUACCUGAAAAUACCAAAUUUCGACCUGACAACUGCCCCUAUUUAAACCUGAACCCACCCCCAAUUUAAGAUCAUGGUCCAAUUUUGUCCUGAAAAGUCAAAUUUCAUCCCGGAAAGCCCGAUUUAGACAUGGAAAUGGCCCCAAUGUGAAACUGAAAACCGCUUAAUUUCAACCUGAAAAUAGCCCCAAUUAUAACCUAAAAACAAUUUCAACCAAAAAAAUCCACAGUUUGAACGGUGUGGUUUAAAAACAGUAGAUGAGUCUUACAAAGUGGGAUAAUGGCACCACUGUAGAAUCUCUGUUUGAAAGGCGCCAGCGUAAAAGUGGCUCUCUUGUUCUGGAUGUCUUCUAAACCACGUGCCGCACGUUUUGUCCUCUUUGUCCCGCCUUGCCUUCCCAGGACAAGCUGUGUCUCCCGCACCACAUCCUGGAGGAGAAAGGCCUCGUCAAGGUCAGCGUCAUGGUCCAGGCCCUCCUGGACCACAAGUCCUCCA